CUCUCCUCGCCCCACCCUCUCGCUUCCCCUUCGCGGAAACGACAGCUGCGGCGGCGGGCCUGGCGCCGCCUCCCUCCACCUACCACGUCUGCCCCCGCCACUCCCUCCCGGCGCCCCAGCCCGGCUGCCGCCCAGCAUGAACAUCAUGGACUUCAACGUGAAGAAGCUGGCGGCCGACGCGGGCACCUUCCUCAGCCGCGCAGUGCAGUUCACAGAAGAAAAGCUUGGCCAGGCAGAGAAGACAGAAUUGGAUGCUCACUUAGAGAACCUUCUUAGCAAAGCUGAAUGUACCAAAAUAUGGACAGAAAAAAUAAUGAAACAAACUGAAGUGUUAUUGCAGCCAAAUCCAAAUGCCAGGAUAGAAGAGUUUGUUUAUGAGAAACUGGAUAGAAAAGCUCCAAGUCGUAUAAACAACCCAGAACUUUUGGGACAAUAUAUGAUUGAUGCAGGGACUGAAUUUGGCCCAGGAACAGCUUAUGGUAAUGCCCUUAUUAAAUGUGGAGAAACACAAAAACGAAUUGGAACAGCAGACAGAGAGCUAAUACAAACAUCAGCUUUAAAUUUUCUCACUCCUUUAAGAAACUUUAUAGAAGGAGAUUACAAAACAAUUGCUAAAGAAAGGAAACUAUUACAAAAUAAGAGACUGGAUUUGGAUGCUGCAAAAACCAGACUAAAAAAGGCAAAAGCUGCAGAAACUAAAGCUUCACAACUAAACUCAGCUCGCCUUGAAGGAGAUAACAAUAUGGUAAAUUUCUCUUACAUGCUCAACUUCCUGCAUGUAAAAUGGCUGAAGUCUGAACAGGAAUUAAGAAUAACUCAAAGUGAAUUUGAUCGUCAAGCAGAGAUUACAAGACUUCUGCUAGAGGGAAUCAGCAGUACCCACGCCCAUCAUCUCCGAUGUCUGAAUGACUUUGUGGAAGCCCAGAUGACUUACUAUGCACAAUGUUACCAGUACAUGUUAGACCUCCAAAAACAACUGGGAAGUUUUCCAUCCAGUUAUUGUAACAACAAUCAAACUUCUGUGGCACCUGUGCCAUCUGCUUCAUCAAAUGUAAUUGGUUCUUCCACCUUGACUUCAACAAGUGGCCUAGUAAUCGCCUCUCCUACCAACCUUAAUGACCUCAAGGAGUGCAGUGGCAGCAGAAAGGCCAGGGUCCUGUAUGAUUAUGAUGCUGCAAACAGUAGUGAAUUAUCACUUCUGGCAGAUGAGGUAAUCACUGUGUUCAGUGUCAUUGGAAUGGAUUCAGACUGGUUAAUGGGGGAAAGGGGAAAUCAGAAGGGCAGGGUGCCAAUUACCUACUUAGAACUGCUCAAUUAAAUAGGUGGACUAUGGAAAGAUUACCCAUCGUGACACCAGUAUUUAUAUACAAUUAACUCUAAAUAAAACAGGUUUAAGUAUCUUCCAUGUUAAUAUUCUUAGGAGACUGAAAAGAAAAUACCAGCCAUCAGAAACCAGCCUUUCUGCCAAUAAAAUUGCAUGGUAAAUAUUUCAUUACAGAAUUUAUGUUAGUGCUUUCAUGCCAAGAAUGUUUUCUUACAAAAUUCUCUUUCUACUGAGGUUUCACUAAUAAGCAGCUUCUACUUUUGAGCUCCAACUUAAAGCAGAAGAACUGUUUUCUACUGAAUUUUUCAUUAAUGGCAAGCUUUUUCUUUUAUGUAAAAUAAAUUUAUUGUGAAUUGA